AUGAAACCCAAUUACUGUUUUGUUUUUUGUGCAGGUCAAAAAAAGAUGUUUUGUUAUUUCAACUCGGAAUCUCAGUAUAGAAAUGGUAUUGGAACUUUCGUCCCUGAGGACAUUGACGCUAGUCUCUGUACCCAUAUAGUCUAUGCCUUCGCCAAUGUUUCUGGGUUGGAAUUAACCAACACCAACUGGAACGAUCAGAUUCCUGGAGGACUGUAUGAAAGAACCGUAGCUUUAAAACGAAUCAACCCCGACUUAAAGAUUCUACUGGCUGUCGGUGGCUGGGAAAUUGGUUCCGAUCCGUUUAGAGAAUUGGCAUCAACUUGGCAGACACGAAAUCAGUUCGCCAAGAAUGUCAUCAAAUAUCUGAGAAAAUAUGGAUUUGAUGGUCUAGACAUGGAUUGGGAAUUCCCGGCCGCACGUGGCAGUCCCCCAGGGGAUAAACGGAAAUUUACCGACUUAAUGAGGCAACUUCAGUCGGAAUUUACGAAGGAAGCGGCCGAGACAGGGAAUGAUAAAUUGUUGUUAACCCUUGCGGCUGCGUCUGGUACGUUUUAUAUCAACUUGUCGUACGAGCCCAGACAACUUAUACCGACGUUGGACUAUAUGUUGUUGAUGUCGUAUAAUUACCAUGGUAACUGGGAAAACACUACCGGUCAUCAUACUGGACUUUGGCCGAACAACAUUGACCAAACAAGGAAGGAACGAGAAUUAAAUAUUAAUUGGUCUGUAGACUACUGGUUGAAUCAAGGAAUACCGAAAGAGAAACUGAUCAUGGGAUUGAGUGCUUACGGAAUGAGUUAUACUCUCAACUUCACCAACCAGAAUCAAGUGGGGGCUCCUGCUCAAUCUGGUGGUCGACCAGGAGCUUACACAGAUGAGGCUGGCAUCCUUUCAUAUUUUGAGGCGAAUUCUUAUAAAGGCUGGAAUCGGAGAUAUAUUCCAGAACAGGACUCUCCGUACGCUUUCCGAGGUGAUCAGUGGGUAGGAUAUGACGACAAGGCAAGCUUAGAAAUAAAGGCUAACUAUGCUAGGGAUCGUGAUUUGGGUGGUGCUAUGUUAUGGUCAGUAGAGACAGAUGAUUUUACUGGAAGUUGUGGUGAUGGUCGUUACCCAUUGUUAAAAACUGUCAACAAUAUAAUCAGAAACAAACAGACAGGUGAGAAGAGUUCAAAUUGUUAA